GUUUCACGCACAGUCUAUAUAUUACACUGCUUCGACAAGGAUAUCAGUAUAUCUGCUCGCAGAAGCAAGCAAACAUGGCAGCAGCAGCGUUCGUCCGGCAUGGCAAGAAGAUCGUCGCUAUAGGCAGGAACUAUGUCGACCAUGUGAAGGAAUUGAACAACACCGUUCCGAAGGAGCCCUUCUUCUUCCUCAAGCCCACGUCCAGCUAUCUUCCCUCAGGAGGCAACAUCGAGAUUCCCCGAGGUGUGGAUGCGCACCACGAAGUCGAACUUGGUCUUGUCAUCGGCAAGUCAGGGAGGGAUAUAUCCCAAGCAAAUGCCUUCUCGCAUGUCGCCGGCUACGCUCUGGCUCUGGACAUGACCGGUCGCAACGUACAAAACGAGGUGAAGAAGAAGGGAUUACCAUGGACCACUGCAAAGGGCUUUGACACCUUCACCCCGAUCAGCUCCUUCAUUCCAAAAGAUGCCGUUUCCGACCCGCAAAAUCUGCGUCUCUCCAUGAAGGUGAACGGCAUCAUCAAGCAAGACGGCACGACGGCCGACAUGAUCUUCCCCAUUCCCCGCCUCAUCGAGCACAUCUCCUCCAUCAUGACCCUCGAAGAGGGCGACCUCGUCCUCACGGGUACACCCUCCGGUGUAGGUCCUAUCGUACCCGGGGACCGUAUCUCUUGCUCGUUGGCGGACAAGGAUGGCAAGGAGAUUGCCAAGCUCGACGUCGGCGCCGUGCAGCGGGAGGGUGGUUAUAGCUUCAGCCCUUGAAGUACCUCCGUUGCUAAAUCGUAGGGCGAGGACGCUGGGUUUGCAUGGAGAAAUAACAAAAACCGAAAUUGAAUCAUAUGAUGCAUUCGUCAUACGCUAU